CCUCGACUCCCGUCUCAUAAGAUCUGACGUCGCCGUCAUGUUCGGAGGUCGCUGUGGAGGUGUCAUCCAUGUCACGAUCGAACAGCAAAUCCGGAUGCUAGACAAAGCGGCGCCUCCAAAGCGAUCAUUACGGCGCCGGGAGCUAUCACGACCGCCGAAACCUGGUUCCAGACUCCCAUUCCUCGGAAAACGACGCAAGCAGCAGCGUCAGACGGGUCCACUGUUUUCGCGACUCCCUGCAGAGCUCCGAAUCAUGAUCUUCAGCUACGUCUUCCACGAUCCCAACGAUGUCGUCCAUGUUCUGUGGAUGCGAAAGAGUCUCGCCCACAUACGAUGCCAGAUUCCGGAGCAUGCGCAUGGCCGUAAUAUAGGCCGUGAUAUAAGCCGUGAAUGUGUGGACUACGCUUGUGGUCCAUCAGACGGACUCUACCAUCCUUUGCAUUACGGCUGGAAAGGGACUUCGAGAACCGAGAUUGCCCUCCUGCAGACAUGCCGACAGGUCUACGGGGAGGCGAUUAAUCUCCUCUACUCAACUGCUACUUUCGACUUCACAUCCGCUCGAUCGUUCAUGUACUUUGAACGCGCUAUUCUUCCACAGCGCCUUGACGCCAUAACGUCGCUGCAGAUAUAUUGGUUCUCCUAUGGGCUGCCAACUCGAGACGAUCGCGAAAUCAUUCAGAUCGAGUACCUACCUACGCAUUGGGACCCUAUGUGUCGGACUAUUGUUACCAUGAAGGGAUUGCGGAGCUUCAUUUUGCUGCUUCACGGCUUCGACAGUUUAGAUGACUCGCAUCAGGACCUUUUAUUAGAGCCGUUGGAGGACUUGAGGGGUUUGAAAGAGUGCAGGAUCCAAGCAGUGUACGAUAACAAGCACAUCUACUGCCAGGACAAUGGGAUUACACGGCUGUCGUCUCUGGGUAAGAGAAUUAUGGCGCAGGCCACCCUGACACGCUAGGGUAGGGAGUAUUUCAUAGCCUUGUCACGUAGAAUCGUAUAUCAACUUGCUGGCAAGCUAGAUUUCAAGAAGUACCCUGAGUAGAGAGUUCGAUGAUUUGCUCUCGCAAUCGGAGUUUAUCGCUA